CACGGCGCCAUAUUAAAAUGCUCCCUCCUCUUUGCCUGUGAGAUCGUAGCUUAGCAGCAGCAGCUAGCCGACAGUCUGCUGGGCUUCUUAUACACAUUCACGAGACUGACAGAGGCGACGACGUGAUGGAAAUCGACUCGCUUCAAGAGGCGCUUAGAGAUUUUGACAAGAAGGCAAAGAAGGAGGCAUCUCCUCAUCUGGAGCAGUUUCUAUGUCAUGUUGCCAAGACCGGAGAGACCAUGGUUCAGUGGUCCCAGUUUAAAAACUACUUCCUUUUCAAAUUGGAGAAAGUGAUGGACGACUUCAGAGCCUCGGCACCUGAGCAAAGGGGUCCUGCCAAUCCCAACGUGGAGUCCAUUCCAUUUGAAGACAUGAAGGAGAGAAUCCUGAAGAUUGUAAAGGGUUACAAUGGAAUCCCAUUCACGAUUCAGCGCUUGUGUGAGUUGCUCACAGAACCGAAGAGAAACUACACAGGAAUAGAUAAGUUUCUUCGAGGGGUGGAGAAGAAUGUAAUGGUGGUGAGUUGUAUUCAUCCAACCUCAGAGAAAAAUGGAUGCAGUGCCGUUAACAGAAUGAAUGGAGUGAUGCUUCCUGGGAACACAUCUGCUUUUACAGAGAGAAAAGUGAAUGGACCAGGGACUCCUCGGCCGCUGAAUCGACCGAAGGUGUCUUUGGCCAACUCACUAGCGGCGAAUGGUCUGCCAGACAGCACAGACAACAAAGAUCUCAGCAUGGAGCAAGAAAGUGACAAAGAAUCCAGGCAUGUUUCAGCAUCAGGAGGCUCACUGGGGAGCUCUGUGAAGAACAAACAUCCAGAUGCAGAGGAGGGCAUGGAAUCUGAGCAGCAGGAGGUGAAGAGACUUAAGUUUAGUAAACAAGAGGAGGAAGAGGAAGAUGAUGAGGAAGAGGAAGAUGACGAGCAGGAGGAGGACACACUGAGGCCUUUACAUGUAACCUGCCUCUCAAAAGAGGCUGAAGCCAUGGUGCAGGAGGAGGAAGAUGAGGAGGAGGAGGAGGAGAAGGAGGUCAGGUACAGCAAGGAGCACGAGGCCUCCAGUAGUGCUGCUGCUGUCACUGAAAAACAAGAACCAACCAGUAGCACGCAGGUAGAGGCUUGUGAAGGCUCUGUCGAGGAGGCAGAUCAAGCUGAGAGGGAGGUGCCGUGUGGCUCUGAGGAAGAGGGCAGUGACAUGGAUCAGACAGAGCAGCAGGCUCCUGCAGGUGUCCUGGAGAGCCCUGAGACCAGCAGGGACAGUGAGGAGAGCAACAGUGACCCAGUCAGCAGCAGCAGCAGCAGCAGCAGCAGUAGUAGUAGCAGCAGCAGCAGCGGUAGCAGCUGUAGCAUAGAUGAGAGUGCAGAAGCUGCCAGAGAAGACGUAGCUUUCACUCCAUCUAGCAGUACGACUGAACGUCCUACAGAGGGUGCCAUGGAAAGUGCCAUCUUGAACACUGGGACCACUGAAGAGCCAAUGGAGCAGGACUAGAACGAACCCCCUCUGCAGCCAUGAGUGACCACAAAACAGCUUGUCCUUGAAUCCAGCUUGACUGUCACUAGGGAUGAGGAUGACUGCACCUCGUUAGCAAGACAAACACCUCGUCCUGCUUUUGGACACGCCUCCAAAAUGGCAACCUGGCAUUCAUCUGGGCAUAGAAAUAUUUCUUUUCCUUUUUGUAUUUUAUUUUUUUUUAACUGGAAUAUUUUAUUGAUUUUUCUGCUUUUAAGUUUCCCUUUUCAAAUAGGCUUGUUUCAGCAUCCUUAGGUUCCGGGCUGGAUUUGUUCUAUUUUGUGUUCAGGAUGUUCAGAUGCUGCAAUAGUCUAAUCCAUUUUUUUAUUCCACUCCAACCAUUUGGACAUUGUGGCAAUUAUUGGUUAGUCCAUGUUUUAUAGCUAUUAAGGCUGGUGUCUGAUAAGUAUUGGGGUCAGAUCAGAGCCAAGUCAUUUCAAAAGUCAUACAAAUAUGAGCUACUACAAUCAUUUCUGUUCCAGACCUGACCUCCCAAAAUGCCCCUUAGACCACUAUUCUAUUACUCUACCGGGUUCCAUCAGGCUGCUGACAACAUUGUAUUUACAUCUCCAUCACUGAGCUAGGAGACUUUUUUUCUAGUGUGUCUUUGUUAUUUUAACCAUAUUUUUGCAACGAUACACUACCAGUCUCACUGAACGUACCAUGAGACACCACCUUGUAGAGGCGUCCUCUGUAAAAUCAUAUUUUGGAUGCAUACACCAUCAUAAUUUAUACAAUCCUUUCAGUUGAGGGUUUUUUGGAGUACGUUUUAGUUUUGUCUGCCGGUCGUUAUUUCCAAAACCAGCUGUAAGUACAAAGAUGACUUCCGCUUUCUUUGUAUCGUGAUGUCACCAUGUCGUUUCACUGACCGAUAUUCACAGCAAUUUCAGGCUCCAGUUCUACACCUGUUUCUGCAGCUGUACUUUUUGAUAUUUAGAAUUUUAAAUUUCUGUAAAGUAGAUUUUUGUAGAUUGUAAUACAGUAUGUGUUCACUGCCUUUUGUGAAACCAUAUAUAAUUGUAUAAUUUCUGUGUAUACUCUGAAUGCUUUUGCUCUCAAUGCGGUAUUCAGGAACAGCAAUAAAUGUUAACAUUUUUA